CUUUGGGGGCUUUUGGGGCUUUUGCACGAUAAUACGGACGGCGGGAUACAAUGGGAUGCCUUCGAUAGGCCUGGUUGCGAUGAUAUGACACUGACGAAUGCAAGAAACAUAUCGUCGUCUGUGUCAUAAUCGAAUCAAAGGACCACGAAAAGGCUCAGUUACUUAAUGGCCUCUUGGCUAUAUAUUUGCUUCCCUAAGCAUGUCCACGAGGGUCAUUCUUCUCAUGGGAGCUCCCACAUUCAAAAGCCUACAGUGGGAUGAAGACAAGCUCCUCAAUACCCCAGUAUCCCCAUUCCACGGCCCCGACAGCCAUCUUCAGGAAACCUGGCCUUUCCCAGACGACCAUCCGAUAAAAUGGCGCCUGUUGCAGCAAACCCCUGCAAAGGAACAGGCACAUGAUGAUACUGAAUCGGAACCGAAUUGCAAUGCGAUGUUUUUCACAACGGAAGGUCUUACAGACACAGCGGGGACGUAUUCAGUUCUCUCCCAGUUCUAUGACCAUUCUUUUGUCGUCCAUGAAACUUCCGAAGUUUCCGUACCAAUGUCUUUCUCGCAGAACUUUUCUCUCCAAGAGAGUGGUCUCUGGGUAGACAGUACCAUGACUUCUAGCGCAUCGAGUUCCAGUAGUAAGCAAGAUGGUUCGGGACAACCGUCUUUUAUACCCAUCCAGGGACAUGUCGGCGAUCUCCAGGACAUCCCCAGCGCAAGCUACCUACGUUCUAUUGUACCUCAGACAGUGACGGUGAAUCUCAUUGUGGGAAUCAUUACAAUCCACCCACCUCGUCGCGUGAUUACCCGGCAAUGGAAACGAGAAGUGGACAUUGUCGAAAUGGUGGUCGGGGAUGAAACACGCAGUGGCUUUGGUGUCACGUUCUGGGUUCCUCCCGAAUCUGGGCGUACUGGCAAUAACAACAGCAAGAAUGACGGGCUGGGACAAUCUUUGGCUGGUCUGCGGCCGCGUGAUAUUGUACUUCUCCGCAUGGUCGGAUUGAGUUCAUUCCGGGAACGGGUGUACGGACAGAGCCUACGCAAGGGGGUUACCCAAAUCGAUCUGCUCCACCGCCAACGGGUAGAUGCUACAGACGCAGGAGGGAUCUAUGGCCUGCGACGUCUGCUUGACACCGGCCACGACGGAGAAGACCCGGUGGUAGUCAAGGCCCGCCGCGUGCGGGAGUGGAUCCAACGCUUUGUAUUGGCGCCGGAACCAGCAGGCGGUGAUGAGGCUGGGGGGAUGCGUCGCAUGAAACGUGGCCAGACACUGCCUCCGGAUACGCCAGAAAUGGUAUAACGGCCCCGGAGUAUAUAUAACUGCAUCGCUUUGGUUUCCUUUUCUUCUGUUCGGCAGGGGGGCUUGGUGUGCAUGUGAGUCAUGAUGUGCAAUAGAUGAGGUGGGAUGACAUCGACAGCAUGCAAUGACGGUCCGGUCACUUGAGACGGGCAUUAUGCCAUCUUACAUACGUUGGGCAUCGUCACUAGCAAUUGCAGAGAGCUGUUGUUGAAUGUAUGAAGUAGUGGUGUAUUUGUAUAGAUCGCAUAGAGAUACUGUAUGCGGGAGUCGGCGGGCUGCAGACCAUGAAACAACACAAAAACCAACCAUGGAGUUAUAUAGAAUUUAAAGAUCAAGUAGACGGAAAAAUGAGAUUCAAUGCAAGACAAGACAAUCCUUCUCCAGGGGUGGCGCG